AUGGCUGAUGCCCCGAAGAUUGAACUCUUUGUCAAGGCCAGUGUUGACGCUGAGAGUGUGGGGAACUGUCCUUUCUGUCAGAGACUCUUCAUGAUUCUUUGGUUAAAAGGGGCCAACUUUACCCUGACCACUGUGGACAUGAGGAGGGCACCUGAUGUGCUGAAGGCUUUGGCUCCAGGCUCUCAGCCUCCCUUCCUCCUCUUCAAUGAUGAGGUCAGAACAGACACAAACAAGAUUGAGGAGUUCCUGGAGGAGAAGUUAGCUCCACCAGAGUAUCCAAAAUUGUGCUGUCGAUACAAAGAGUCCAAUGGGGCUGGAGAAGACAUCUUCCGCAAAUUCUCAGGGUACAUAAAGAACCCCAAUCCUGGAUUAAAUGACAUGCUGGAGAAGAAAUUUCUGUCAACUCUGGUGAAGCUGAAUAUGUUCCUGGAGACGCCUGUCCCUCAUGAGCUGGACCAGAACCCAAAUAUCACUGAAUCCUCACGCCUCUACCUGGACGGCGACAUCUUCACCUUGGCAGACUGCAACUUGCUUCCCAAACUCAACAUUGUCAAAGUGGUGUGUAAGCAGUACCGUGACUUUGCCAUCCCUCCAGAGCUGAAAGGUCUGACACGUUACCUGAAUAACGCCUACAAACAAGACGAGUUUCGCUACACCUGUCCAAAUGACUCAGAGAUACUCACUGCCUACCAAUCUGUGGCAAAGUACCUAAACAAAUAG